AUGUGUGAGUUCGAGCUCAUCUCUCAAUUUACAGAAGAUGUGUUUGCUGCAGAAGAUCGUGUUUGUGAACGCCCUGUUUGUCGAGCAAGGAUUGCAAAAGGUGAUCCUUGCUUCUAUGUCGGUACCGUCGACCCAGGCAAACCUGGCCGCUAUGUCUGUGGUCCAUGCCAUUCCCACUAUCUAACCAUGCCAGCCACAUCUGUGAGACCCACUGGUAGAUCCGUUCCACAGCCGCAGCUCUCCCAUACCUUCCCUGACCCACGCACGAUCCGGCAAACUGUCAAUGCUGCACAGAGGAAAUCAACAGUUAACCCCCCUCCUGUUAUUGCAUUUGGUCGUGGCAUUCGUCCGCCGUCAAUGACCCAUUCCACUGGGCCAGACAUCGCUAUCCCAUCGUCAUGGGGGCAGCCGAGUCGCUCCUCAGGCUCAGGCUAUUCAGUAAAUCAUGCGCAGUAUGGCACCAAGCGUGAGCGUUGGUCAAAACUCUCAUAUGCACUUCCACCAAUGGAAACCAUCACACUCGACAUUUCGGCAGUCCAUGAGGUCGGUGCACGGAGGAAAGGACAUUGGGUUGCAAUUGGGGUUUGCAAAAAAGAUGUUGACGCACGCAUUGAUGCUCCUGGGCUCAUGGAUAUUGCAUUCGACACUAUCCUUCCUAAGAUUUUGACUUUCAGUGCAGGAUUCCCGUGGCGUAUCGAGGAGUUUGUUGUCCGAGAUGCAGUAUGGGUUGACCUCUCUACGCACAAGGCCUCGGUCCCAUAUUUCAUCUCACAAUGCAUGGUCCCAAGCAAGAAAGGAUCGAAGGCACCCACAUUCAAGACCAAGCAAUUUGCGCUGAUGCUCGUCGUUCCGGAGGCUCAAUGGAAUGAGUAUGAGGAAUGGGUAGAAAAAGCGGAGGAGAUAAGACAGGUCACCGCUCGUCAAGUUCAAGUUCAACAUCGAGUAGAAACAACGGAGAACGUCUCUACUGUAUUGCAAAGCGCCUCCGCGUCCACUCAAAAUCUUACAUCGUCAAGUGCCUUCGAGUCUACCAAACGGUCCCACAGGAACAAUCUGAGCACCACCACCACAUCUUCAUCACCGCCUCACAAAAAGCUUGCAGUUGCGCCACCCAAAGCGCUGUUUAGCUCGCCUGAUCGCAGCGACCUAAAGGAAGCACUGCGGAGUGGAGGCAGUGCAACAAACUUUGAUGUUGCACAAGUGCUUGGCACAUACACUGAGAACGUUCAUUUCUAUGGGAUCCCCACUCGUCCGCUUGCAGAUAUCCUUAAGAAUCUCAAUUAUCGUUCUUUUAAGGUAGAACCAGCGCAGGUGAUAAUCGGACAGCUGACAGUCAAUUCAUCUACGCGCAGCAUGCUGGGGGCUGGUGGAUUUAAGACUGCUCAUCCUGGUUGGCUUUCUCUCACUCCUCUUGUUAAAAGUGGGCUAGGAUCGGUUCCUGGUCAAAAUGUUGCAGUGAAGCGACCGUUUCAUAAGGUGUUUCCAUCCGCCUCAAGCCUUAUGUACAAAAUAGGUCGUUUUUCGUCAAUCGACGAAAUAGCCAAGCUUGGCAAGGAAGCAAACAUUUUAUAUUGGGCUCAUUCUCUCCUACAGCUCACAUAUGCCUUCAUCGAUCACUGUAUUGCCUCCUCUGAGGAACCUCCGCCAUUUGACAUCCCUCGUGUGCGCUUCGUUGACGCUGGCUUGGCGAUCUCUUACUCUCAACGUGAUUCCAAACCUACGAAGGCAGGCUCAAAAACAGGCUCGUCGUGUGUGGGAUAUCUUGUAGAGGAGCUUAUUGAAGGCGGGCCAGACGUUUUUAUGAAGUUCAUUCACAACAUGGACUCUAAUCCUCUGCUCGAUCACGAUGAUUAUGGCUAUGAAGUAGCUUCGUUCUUUUCUUUCACGCAACACGUGCAGUAUGUAAAGACGGGUGGCUUGGCCUUCAUCUCAGACUAUCAAGGAAGCACAGAGCUGCUGACGGACCCGCAGAUCCUAACAGACCCGUCGGUUGGUCAAGGGAAGGAUCUUUUUGGCAAGGGGAAUAUGGAAUGCACGGUUAGCAUGUUCGAGAAACAGCACAAAUGCAAUGAGUUUUGUGAGUGGCCAGGGUUUGGAUUGGUGCCCUUCGCCACGACAACAGAAGACGAAAGCACAGAGGAGACGGAAGCUGGAGAAGCCGGAUGUAGGGAAGAUGGUCCAAUUGCCUCUUAG